AUGAAGUUGAGUCAGAAAAUAGUGUUGAUAAGUCUUGUGCUGCUGAUUGUCUUAAGUGUUUGUGAAGCAAAGAAACGUCGAAUUCCAACGAAAAAGCAAAACAAAAUUCAAAAACAAUCAAAGCUUCCAAAAAUAAAGAAUCAAAAGCAACUUCUGUACGAGACACGUGAAACUUCGCCACCUAAUUUUGUGACACUUUUAAUUUUUCGACUCGUAUAUGGAAUAGCAUCACAAAUGGGAGUAGAAGAUCGUCUACCGGGAUUUAUUGCGCCACCAAAUGCUGAACCAGAUUACGGAUUCUUCAGUUUUGGUGGUGAAACUCCAAGCAUCUUCGGAGGUGGCGGUGACGAUGAUUACGAUUUUGGAUUUUAA